AUGAAUGCCAAAUCUCUUUCCAUUCUUUUACUCGUCUUCGGUUUGUUAUUCACAUUGGCUCAAUGUGGAAGAUUGACAAAACGAAGUUAUGGUGAAGACGCGGAUGAUGAUAGCAAUGGUAAUGAAAAUGAAAAUGACAAUGGUGCUGAUGAUAACAGUGUCGAUGAUGAUGCGGAUCUACGUGAUCGAUUAAUUUUAGCUGAAAAACGAGCCAUUCGUGCUUUCCUGGAAAACGAAAACGAUGCCAGUGAAUUUCUUGAUCGAUCAAGUCGAUUAUUUUCUGACCAAAAGAGUCAUAUGAAAGAAGCCAAAAAGAAAUAUGAAGAGAAAUGCGAACGUCUUCUCCACCCACGAUACUGUCCAGAUCUUGCCACAUGGCCAGCUUGGAAUCAAGCCUUCAACUCAGCUACCGGCAAAAAAUAG